UCCACCGAGCUGCGUACCAGUCCAAUCCUUCAUCCAGCCUAAUAUCCUUUCUUCACAACAGGAACCAGUGUCCAGCUGAUGCCAUUUCUCCCCAGGUGAGGAGCUUCUUAGAUGGACUGACGGCGUUCCCUGCCUCCCUUCCUCUGCCACCCACCAUGGAGGAACUCCAGAGAAAACUGAACCAGCACUAUGAAGGCGCCAAGCCCAGAAAGGUGAGGUUCAAGCUGGCGUCGUCCUACAGCGGCCGGGUGCUGAAGCAUGUGUACGAGGACGGCCAGGAGCUGGACAGUCCAGAAGAGAAAUACCCUCACAGUUUCAUCCACCGUAAAAUCCCUCCCAGCCACCUGGAGAUGGAGCAGCUCUGUGGGUUCCAGGACAGUCCCGGGGACCAACAAGGUGGUUGUCCUCCAACAGGGCUCAUUGCCCAGAGGAUAAACGUGUACAGAGGGAUGGGAAGCUACAAGCCUCCUACUGGUCAGACUGGUGAAGACGAUGGUGACAAGGCUCCUGUUUUGGACUUUGGCAAGAUAAUUAUCUACACUAGCAAUCUGCGCAUCAUCAGGGCACCGCCGAAGAAGCAUGAAGCGCUGCGGUAUCGCUCCGUGCCUCCGCUGGACGUGGAGGGAUACCCGAAGGCCAGGGAGAGGGGGAGCAGGAGGAGGCCUAAACCGCCUCACGCGCAGGAGGAGGUGGAAAUGGAGGCGAGUCCGAUCAGCGAUGCACAUACCAAGGAGGCCGACAGCUGCCAGCGUUGUGGCGGCUCGGGCUGCGCCCCCUGCUCCCUGUGUCACGGCAGCAAGCUGUCCAUGCUGGCGAACCGCUUCAACGAGUCCAUCAGCGAUCUGCGGUGCCAAGCCUGCUACCCCCAUGGUCUGGAGAAGUGCCAGUCCUGCUCCAGUAAAUAGCACCAUUUGGCUGAAACCCAUGUCUGGCAGAGAGGGAGCAAGCGGACGCGUAGCUGUGAAUGAGUGCAUGACCGAUCAGGUUUUCAGAACUGUCUCAGUGGCAAUGUUGCUCUAAUCCAAAAUGUUCUUGGUGGGAUGUUUCAAAGCCCUUCUAGGAAACAUAAGCCAUCACUGGUAAUGGGGAUUAUUACUGUGCAGCAGACACAAAAUCAUAAAAGACAAUUACUGUGUGCAGUGAACGUGGCUUGAGAUAACACACAUAAUCACUUUUUUGUUUUCACAUUAUUUUGCAUCUGCACCCCUCUUCCUGAUAAAACCCAGAGUUAUCAAUUUAAUUAAAAUUAUACACCAUUUCGAGGUUCAUUGUAUCUACUGGGAAAGCUGCCCUGUUCCCAUUUCUUUUGUCUAUACACCAGAGAGGAAAAAAAGCCUUUAUCUUCUCAAUGUGAUGUAUUCUGUAAGGGUAAUUGAUGUUUUUAUUUUCCAUUUUUUUAUCAAAAGCGGAGGAAAGAAAAGACAGCAAGAUAGCAAGGUUGAGAUAGAAAAAGAGAAAAAUCAGACAGUGAGAGAAGUAAGGGAUACGUGACAGUUUUAUAAAUAGCAACAGCUUUAGUCAGGAGACGUUAAAAGUGCGCAGCACCCAAAUGCUGCACACAAUAUUAGUGCUUUGAGGGAAGCGAUAGUGUGACACAGAAGUGCUGAGGUCUAUGAAUUCUUCAUGAACACAGCUGCUCUUGUUAGUCAACAAUGAAGUUAGAAACUUUCUGUAGUCACGUUUCAAUAACCUGGACUCGAUAAAUGAGUCUGGUACCUCACCCAUUCGCAGUCGUUUCCACUGGUACAACAUGUACCAAACCAAUCAGAACACAGAGGAAGCAGUCAAGCAAUGACCAAGGGCCACUCUUCACGACAAGAUGGGUCUAGAAUUAGAAAUCAUCCUCGAUCGACACGUUUUUACUCCAAAACCGACAUCUGUCAUUCACCGGCUAGCCUGUGCACGGAUGUGUUUUGCUGAUAUGAGUCUUUUGUG